UAGAACCCAAUAACAGCUCACCACCUUCAUUCACUUCUUUUUUUCUUUGUUUUUGUUUUUGUUAUUGUUGUUCUCUUCUACCCUUGUUGGUGCUUCCUCUUUCAUAAAAUUCAUAAAAUAAAAUUAAAAUAGACAAUUUUGUUUUCAAGUUCAUUAAGCUAUGACACUUUCUUUUUCACCUUCCAUUUAUUUUCCAAUCUUUUCCAAUUAAAGGACUCAUUUUCCUUUUUUGUGUCUUGUUUCUGUCCCAAUUUUUCUUUCCCUUUUCUUUGUUGCCAAACAUUAAGGAAAAAAGGAAUAACACAAAAAAAAAAGCUCUUUUUUUUUAUUUUUCUUUCUCCUUCUUCAGUCACAACUCAUAAAUUCUGAGUCUUUCUGCUCUUUCCUUAUUGGGUUUUCACAUUCAAUGUCUUAAGCUUCUACCCUUUUGUUUUUUUUCUUUAGUUUCAAUUUGUUUUUCCCAAUUGGGUUAAGCUUAAGUUGAAGCUACAGAAAGAAAGUUUUCAUUUUUACCUUCAACAAGAAGAAUAAUUAAUUCUGUGUGAUUUUAUUUUUAUAUUUAUUUUCCCUUUUGUUGUGUCUCAGUUUCAGUUAGUAUCUAAAGAGGGUUUAGAUCUCACAAGUGAUUUUUUAGGGUUAUGAUAUCUCUUUGGACCAAUCAGGUAAUAGUCUUCAAUAUCAAUUUGAUGUAUUCUCUUAGAUUUUUAAUUUUUGAAUUUUAUAAUAAAGUUGGUCUAUUCUAGAUUCCUUCAAGGGUGUGCCUUUUUUUCAUACACAUAAAAAAUAAAAGAAGGUAUUCUGAUUCCUUUGAGAAAAAUGCUUAUUGAUUUAUUAUCUUUGAUAUUGUUGUGGUAAAUUCUCCACCUCUGCUUCAAACUCUGUUUCCUCAUAAUAAAGUUUUGAUUUUCAUCUCAAAUCUUCAAAACUUUUCUUAUACAUGCUCUUAUAGUUCAUUUUUCCUAGCUAUUUGGGUUCUGUGAUGAAGUGGGAAAUGGAAAUUCUUUCUCCUAAUCCUAAUCAUAAUCUUAAUCCUAAUCUUAAUCUUAAUCAUCAUGCACCAUUUGUUCAAAAUUCCAACAACAACACUACAAAUUGGUUUUUGGAAGAUGAUAGUUAUAGCAGGAACAGCACAAAAUGGACACAAGCAGAGAACAAAUUGUUUGAAAAUGCUCUUGCAGUUUACGAUAAGGACACGCCGGAUCGAUGGCACAAAGUGGCUGAAAUGAUACCUGGAAAAACUGUUGUUGAUGUGUUGAAUCAGUACAAGGAAUUGGAAGUUGAUGUUUGUAACAUAGAAGCUGGUUUGAUUCCAAUUCCUGGUUACACUACUACAACCAAUUCACCUUUCACUUUAGAUUGGGUGAAUAGUUCUGGUUAUGAUGGUUUUAGAGGAAUCACUUCAAAGAGAGGUUCUUCAGGUAGAUCUCCUGAUCAAGAAAGGAAGAAAGGUGUUCCAUGGACUGAAGAAGAACACAAGCUGUUUCUUUUGGGUCUGAAAAAGUAUGGAAAAGGUGAUUGGAGAAACAUUUCAAGGAAUUUUGUGAUAACUAGGACACCAACACAAGUAGCUAGUCAUGCUCAGAAAUAUUUCAUAAGACAACUCUCAGGUGGCAAAGACAAGAGAAGAGCUAGUAUACAUGACAUAACAACAGUUAAUCUCACAGAAACUACUAGAACAACAAUUUCUUCAGAAGAAAUCAAGAGAUCCACUUCACCACAUCAUCAUUCAAUGAAUAUGAACAAGUAUUCAAAUGCUAACACAAUAUCUGAGGUGCAUUUUCAUUGGAAUAAUAAUAAUAAUAAUCAGCCAGCUAUGACAGGAUUCAAUAAUCAUGCACAUGAACAAGUUUUCAUGUCUCCUUAUAAUGGAGUUAAUAACUCUUACGAGUUUAAAAUGCAGGGUCAAAAUAUGCAUAGAAAUCCUCUUCAUGAGAAUUCAUACUUAGUACCUCAAACACAAAACAUGGUUUUCCAAAUGCAAUCUUCUCAACAACACUAUUCACAUGCAUGAUGUGGUGGUGAUUGGUUGUAUUGAUGAAUUAUUUAUUAUGACUAGAGCAAGUAUAUCUUUUGUUUAGUUUAUAAACUAGUUGUUGUAGUAGUACAGUGUUUGUGCUUUUUACCAAGUUCUAUGUGAAUAUCUUGCAUUAGAAUAUUAGUCAGUUAGUUAUUGCCUUCUUGGUAUAUGAACUUGUUGGAAA